GGCGCUCGGAGCGGGCUCCGCGGCUUGCACGGCGCCUGCGGCUCGGUCCCAGCUCGGCGGGCGGCGCACAGCAGGCUCGGCGCGGGCGGCCCCGGCGCGCCGGGCGGCGCAGGACGCAGCGCGCGGACUUACGCCGCGGCCAGGGAGCCCUGAGCGGCGCGGCCACUGCCCCCGGGCCGGCCCUCGGCCCCGGCGCUCGGAGCGCGGCGGCCGCCUGGGCUUUAAUGGCUGCUCGGCGGGGCAGCGCCUAGGGGUGGAAGGCGACUGCGGCACAGGAAGGCGCCCGAUCGAGCGUCCUCCGGGGGCCGGCCGCGCCCGCCGCGGCGCGCUCCAUGGGGGCCCGCUGACCUGGGGCGCCGGGGCCCGCUCGCUCGCCGGACCGCCCGCCCGCCGGGCGCGCGUCCCGGCCAUGAACUGAGUCGGCGGGCCGGCCCCGCGCCUGCUCCGCCCGCUCCUUUCUUCUCGCGCCUCCUCCGCCCGCCGCCCGGCGGGCCCGGCUCCCCGGGGGCUGCGGCGCCCGGAGCUCGGCGGCCCGCGGGCCCCGGGGCGCGGGGCGGCGGCGGCGGCGGCGGGGGGCGCGCGGCUCCGGGCGCGGCGCCUGCACCAUGAACUACCAGCAGCAGCUGGCCAACUCGGCUGCCAUCCGGGCCGAGAUCCAGCGCUUCGAGUCGGUCCACCCCAACAUCUACUCCAUCUACGAGCUGCUGGAGCGCGUGGAGGAGCCGGUGCUGCAGAACCAAAUCCGGGAGCACGUCAUCGCCAUCGAAGAUGCCUUCGUGAACAGCCAGGAAUGGACGUUGAGUCGAUCCGUCCCGGAGCUCAAAGUGGGCAUUGUGGGUAACUUGGCCAGCGGCAAGUCGGCCCUGGUGCACCGCUAUCUGACCGGCACGUAUGUCCAGGAGGAGUCUCCCGAAGGUGGCAGGUUCAAGAAAGAGAUUGUCGUGGACGGACAAAGCUAUCUGCUGCUGAUCCGAGAUGAAGGUGGCCCCCCAGAGGCCCAGUUUGCCAUGUGGGUGGACGCCGUCAUAUUUGUCUUCAGCUUGGAGGACGAGAUCAGUUUCCAGACCGUCUACCACUACUACAGCCGCAUGGCCAACUACCGGAACACGAGUGAGAUCCCGCUGGUCCUGGUGGGGACCCAGGACGCCAUCAGCUCCACCAACCCGCGGGUCAUCGACGACGCCCGGGCGCGGAAGCUCUCCAGCGACCUGAAGAGGUGCACGUACUACGAGACGUGCGCCACGUACGGGCUGAACGUGGAGCGGGUCUUCCAGGAUGUUGCCCAGAAGAUUGUUGCCACGAGGAAGAAGCAGCAGCUGUCCAUAGGUCCCUGCAAGUCCCUCCCCAACUCGCCCAGCCACUCGUCCGUCUGCUCCGCGCAGGUGUCCGCCGUGCACAUCAGCCAGACGAGUAAUGGCGGCGGGAGCCUGAGCGACUACUCCUCCUCCGUGCCGUCCACGCCGAGCACCAGCCAGAAGGAGCUCCGCAUCGACGUGCCGCCCGCGGCCAACACGCCCACGCCCGUCCGCAAGCAGUCCAAGCGCCGGUCCAACCUCUUCACCUCUCGGAAAGGGAGUGACCCAGACAAAGAGAAGAAAGGCCUGGAGAGUCGGGCGGACAGCAUCGGGAGCGGUCGAGCCAUCCCAAUUAAACAGGGCAUGCUGCUGAAGCGCAGUGGCAAGUCAUUAAACAAGGAGUGGAAGAAGAAGUACGUCACCCUGUGUGACAACGGCGUGCUGACCUACCACCCAAGUCUGCACGAUUACAUGCAGAAUGUUCACGGUAAAGAGAUUGAUCUUCUGAGAACCACUGUGAAAGUCCCAGGGAAGAGGCCCCCCCGAGCCACGUCGGCCUGCGCACCCAUCUCCAGCCCGAAAACCAACGGCCUGUCCAAGGACAUGAGCAGCUUGCACAUUUCACCGAAUUCAGACACGGGGCUGGGUGACCCCCUGUGCUCGAGCCCCAGCAUUUCCAGCACCGCCAGCCCCAAGCUCGACCCGCCCCCCUCCCCUCACGCCAACAGAAAGAGGCAUCGGAGGAAGAAGAGCACGAGCAACUUCAAGGCCGACGGCCUCUCCGGCACCGCUGACGAGCAAGAGGAAAACUUUGAGUUUAUCAUUGUGUCCCUCACUGGCCAGACGUGGCACUUUGAAGCCACCACAUAUGAGGAACGAGACGCGUGGGUCCAGGCCAUUGAGAGCCAAAUCCUCGCCAGCUUGCAGUCGUGUGAGAGCAGCAAGAACAAGUCCCGGCUGACCAGCCAGAGUGAGGCCAUGGCCUUGCAGUCGAUACGGAACAUCCGCGGGAACUCCCACUGCGUGGACUGCGAGACCCAGAAUCCCAACUGGGCCAGUCUGAACUUGGGAGCCCUCAUGUGUAUCGAGUGCUCAGGGAUCCACCGGAACCUCGGCACCCACCUCUCUCGAGUCCGGUCUCUGGACCUCGACGACUGGCCUAUUGAGCUCAUCAAGGUGAUGUCGUCCAUCGGGAACGAGCUGGCCAACAGCGUCUGGGAGGAGAGCACCCAGGGACGGACGAAGCCCUCGCUGGACUCCACAAGGGAAGAGAAGGAACGGUGGAUCCGGGCCAAGUAUGAGCAGAAGCUCUUCCUGGCCCCGCUGCCCUGCACGGAACUGUCCCUGGGCCAGCACCUGCUGCGGGCCACGGCCGACGAGGACCUGCGGACAGUCAUCCUGCUGCUGGCGCACGGCUCCCGGGACGAGGUGAACGAGACCUGCGGGGAGGCGGACGGCCGGACGGCGCUGCACCUGGCCUGCCGGAAGGGCAACGUGGUCCUGGCCCAGCUGCUCAUCUGGUACGGGGUGGACGUGAUGGCCCGCGACGCGCACGGGAACACGGCACUGGCCUACGCGCGGCAGGCCUCCAGCCAGGAGUGCACGGAAGUCCUGCUGCAGUACGGCUGCCCCGACGAGCGCUUCGCGCUCAUGGCCACCCCCAACCUGUCCCGGAAGAACACUAACCGCAACAACAGCGGCGGGAGGGUGCCCACCGUCAUCUGAGGACCGCGGUGUGCCCGCAGCCUCCCGCGCGUGUCCUGGGGAGUCACCCACGUGAGUCCCGUCGGGUCCCCCUCACUUCUCCUGGUGGUCCCGGCCACGCACCCACCCACCACACCACCCCACCCCCUCCUCACCCCGAGCAAAAUCACAAAACCCAGAUGGCCCUCGAGGGGCGCGAAGAGGCUGCAGCGUCGACUCCCUUGCAUAGACUCCCCCCGACCGACAACAUGAGCGGCCAGAGAGCCUGGGUUCUUGAUGGUUAGCACACCGGCGCCCGGACCCCGGUCCAUCCGGCGGCCGGAGAAGACCGAGCGUGGCACAAGGGGCGGUGGGGGGGCGCGCAGGGGGCGGGGGGUGGGGGAGGGCGACGCAGCCAGCAGAAAGGGGGUGACUCUCCUUAACUGGCAGUUAAGCACAUCAGUACAUUUCACCUCUACCAAACGGAACACUUGGAUUUCAUCUCUUCUCCGAGGAGCUUGACGGCAUAAAUCAGAAGCAAGCAGAGUUUGUCAGGUUUGAAGCCCCUAUGAUGGUAUGUGUCAAAUCAGUUGUAGCUAAUCUGUCCAGGGAGGAUACUGGCUUCAUUACGCUCGUGUAGUUGAGUUCUUCCAGCAUUACCGCUGCUUAAUAGAACAUGAUUACUCAUCACCGGGAAGAAAGCGUAUUAGCGGCGGAGGUAGUUACACAGCACGCUCGGGUGAUUGCCGCGAUGUGAUCGCAAUAUUCUGAGAAGCCGCGUAUUAUCCCAGACAUGUUCUCCCAAGCCCUUGGAGCCCUCCUUUCUAAAUUCACUGUCAUAAUUUAGUAUCUGUUUAAUUUUUCAGUCCAAAGAGAGGAAAUCAGUUGCUGAGUAUUAUUUGACUGCACUCUCCUUGGUGCAAAAACAAAAUGGAGAAAAAUAAAUAAGAGUGACUUGGAAUUUCAAAAGGAAACCACGAAUUCCGCUAACCACGACAUUUCAAGCACAUUUAGUAAACUCAGUAAAGGUGUAAAAGGCUUUUUUUUUUUUUUUUUUUUCCUAAACCAGAGAGAUAUUUUUUGUCCUUCUGCCAAGGUGGGUGUCUUGGGUGUCAGUCACUCCGGGGCCCACGCGGCCCAAGUCAUGCAGGCCUCUGUAUUCUGUCUUUAGACAAGAUGUGUUGAAAAUCUAUUUGAAUAAAAGAAGUUCAUAAAUAUG